AUGCUGCCGGGCGCCAUUUUACUGGCCCUCCUCCUCCAAAUAACUGGAUCGUCAGACCCGUGCGCGUCGAUUGAUUCUUCUUUCCGGUUGACGGCCGACCCGAAUGAUAGUCAUACGUCGCCCUGCAAAUGUCUGAUCGACCCAGUGCCCGCAGACCCAAAUGACCGUCUAUGGAUUGGAUGCACUGGCCGAUCCCUUUCUACCGUAUUCAGCGCGCUGGGAGCUCUAAAUGAAACUCGCGUCAACCGCGUCCACAUUUGGGACAGCCAGCUGAAUAUUUUGCCGACAGAAAUGUUUGAAAAGGUCCGCCCGAAAAUUCUGAUCAUCGAAAACUCAAUGACAAGCGUCAUCCGUCAGAAUACAUUCUCUCAAAUCGGAAACCGCCUUAUCGAAUUGCGGCUGAGAAAUAACGCGCUGAAGAAGAACAUCGGGCCCGCCCUGUUCAAGGGAUUGGAACGGCUUCAGGCCCUUGAUCUUAGCGGAAACAAAUUGAUGUCGAUCAAAGCGGGAGAUUUUGAAGCGCUCGGAGAUCUGCGAGAACUCCAUUUGAAUGACAAUAUCAUCAAGGAAAUUGAAGAUGGCUCUUUUUCGGCGCUCAGCUCGUUGAGGACACUUUCCCUACAAGGAAAUCAGCUAUCAACCAUCACCAGGGAUACCUUCAAAGGCCUCGACAACCUCGAAUAUCUCUACCUAAAUCACAACCAAAUCGCCAACAUUGACUGGGCCGCGUUUCACCAUUUGAAGAAUUUGAAGCAUCUCUAUUUGGGGCGCAAUCACAUCACGACAGUCGAUAUUCGAGGCUUGGAAUCGUUGGAGAAGCUGAUUCUCAACAAUAAUUCGAUUCAGAGCCUCAAGAAGGUGUCGCUCAAAGACCUGCCCUCCCUGGCCGUCCUCAGCCUCGACCGAAAUUCGAUCGCCGAAAUUGAUGAUGUUGAUCUAUUCGGUCUUGCUCCCUCGACCCGUCUGGAAUCUCUAUCACUCGCCUCGAAUAAUGUCUCCAGAAUUACUGCGCGUGCCUUCCAGCAUAUUCCCUCGUUGAAGACGUUGGCGCUCCAGAAUAAUCAGCUACUAAGCCUCUCCACCGGAACCACGCCAGUCCUCAAACCACUCCGCCGUCUCUCAGUCCUUCUCCUAUCCGGAAAUAUGCUGACCGCCCUCCGAGAAGCCGAAUUACCCGCUGGACUUACCGUACUCUCCGUCGCCCGUAAUCAGAUCAGCCAUGUCGAUGUCCAUGCCUUCAACGAAAUGCGACUCCAACGACUUUUCCUAAAUGACAACCGUAUCACCUUCCUUCCGAAAGGCACUUUCGAUUCUUUGGAUAUGGAUGUGCUGCAGGCUGUUGACCUUACAGAAAAUCAAUGGCAAUGCGUAUGUGGUGAGGAAUGGCUGGGAGGAUGGUUAGAUAAGGCGGGAGAACGAGAUAUUGGAGAAGGAGCUCUUGGAUGUCUCGCUGCAUCUUGUGGCGAUAAUAAGAAGGAUAUCGAUCGCGCGGCCUGGGUCACAAUUUCCGCCUCGAUCCUCGCCAUUCUCUCAAUUUUGAUCCUGAUCGCCAUCGCAUUUUUGUACAUCGAAAAUGGGCAGCAUAAGGGCAUUGUCUCGCGGCCGUUCCGACGUGUCGAUUCGGAUAUGUUGAAGCUGAUCAACGAGAACGAGGCAAAAAGCGACGCAGACCGAGGGGUCGAGCAGCCAAAAUUGGCGAAGAGCGGCGACAGCACCAAGAAGAGCGUCCGCUUCACG